UGACACAUUGUUACAAUAUCAAUAUUAUAACUUCAUUUAUCCUUGACCUCAUACUCAAAACCCCAAGUUUGACAACCAGUGGCGUAUCAUUUACAGAAAACCAAAUUUGUCUCCUACAAUCUCCUACCCUAAAGUCGGAGCAUAUCAUGAAAAUAAUAUUCAAAAUGGAAGCGAUGCCCAAAUCGUCCUCUCUUAUACCGAAAAGAGCAUAGCUGCCACUGCUUCCUGCAAUCGUUAUUUGUCUGCACUUUGGCUAAACGCACGAUUCCACGAUAAAAUUUUACUAUUUAUCCAACUAUUUCGUUGCAUUACUAAGUUCAACAUGCACAGUAUAGCUGUAAUAGGUGCGGGUGUUAUCGGGUUGUCCGCGGCGACCGCACUCCAAGAGCACCUUCCGAACGUCACCGUAACAAUCUACGCGGAGAAGAUCUCCCCGAAUCUCACCAGCAAUGUUGCGGCGGGAAUGUGGGCUCCGUUUCUGUACCAGAAGACCGACGGCGAAAAAAUUUUAUCCUGGGGGAGAGGGUCGCACGAUCAAUUCUUGAAGUUAUGGAAGGGCGGCCACGCGAGCGAGGCAGGUAUCUGCCUGCAGCUUGUCAAAUCACUGUCGGCCGAUAUCGACCUCCACGUUGGCCAAAACAUCGUCUGGGGCGAGCAACAAAUGCCACCUGAGGAAGUGGAAUUCUUGACCAAACUUUUAAAAAAGGAUUUCAGAACUGCCGUCAACUACGUGUCGUUCACGUGCGAACCUAGUAGGUAUUUGCCCUUCUUGCAGAAACGAUUUAUACAAAAUGGCGGCAAGAUCGUGAUUAGGAAAAUUAAAGACUUUAGAGAGCUAUCGCAUUACAAUCUAGUUGUAAACUGCACGGGACUUGGCGCACAAGAGCUAACUGACGAUACCCAAAUGACACCAAUCAGGGGAACCGCGAUUAGGGUUAAGGCACCAUGGCUGUUCCACUCGCUUAUGGACGACGACAUCUACAUCAUUCUGAACGCUGAUACCUGCGUCUUGGGCACGACCGCACAGUACGGAGACUACGAACUGAAUCCCCGCGAGAGCGAGACGAAGAACAUUAACAACUUUUGUAACAGCCUGGUUCCUGCAUUAGAGAAUGCCGAAUAUGUCAAGACCUGUGUUGGUCUCCGUCCUGGACGAGUGGAGGUAAGGUUAGAAACGGAAAUUCAAGACAUUGACGGAAAACUAUUGCCAAUCGUGCAUAAUUACGGUCACGGUGGCUGUGGAGUUACCCUAUCUUACGGUUGCGCCUUGAAUGUCGUCGACCUAGUCAGAGAAGCGCUGAGGAUUCCCUAUUCCAGCAAACUCUAGUGUCUUAACUUGUUAAAAUGUUCAAUAAAAUCCAUUCCCUUUGUUAAAUGUUAGUUU